UUUCCCUUCUCGUUUCCUUGUUUCCCACGAAGUAUGCCUGACAUGCUGCUUUCUUUCUACCCCGCUUCUUCUCAGGUAUUCAUUCCCCGCCUCCUUCUCGCAGCUGGCCCACUGGAGUUGGUGGUGGGAUAUGGACUGAAGAAGUUUCCUGAAUAGCUGUAGAGGAUUUUUUUUGUUGUGAUGCGCAUUUGAGGCAUCUUUUUGAGGGACAAGAGGAGCUUCUACUUUUUAGUUUUAUUUUGUCUAGUUUUAUUUUGUUUGGGAGAGUAUUGGGAACGAUGGCAAGUAGUGCAUUAAUGAAGGUGGCUAGCUCAGCUGGUGCGAUCGCGUCGGCCUCGUAUGUGCUUGCCUGUAAUCCUGCCUCUGCUGACAAAAGACUCGAUUCCGGAUCUCUGUUCGGCGCAUCAUCCUCUGCUGCUCCGGCUCCCGCGACACCCACUCCAGUGAAAGAGGAAAAACCUCGCAAUGAUGCUCCGCGCACAUCCGCCGCUGGGUUCGACCCAGAGGCAUUGGAGAGAGGUGCCAAAGCACUUCGGGAAAUUAAUGCCUCUAAUCAUGCCAAAAAGGUUUUUGAGUUGAUGAAGAAACAGGAAGAGACUCGGCAAAUAGAGGAAAAUGCUCGUAGAGCCGAAUAUCAAGCCAUGCAAGCUCAACACGAGACGGAGAGACAAAGGGUAAUAUAUGAGGAGCAAAAGAAAUUGUUACAGCAGACAGCCCAGAACAAGGCCCAGUUGGCUCGAUAUGAAGAUGAACUUACACGCAAGCGGAUGCAGAGUGAACAUGAGGCAAAUAGGCAACGAAAUCAAGAAUUAGUGAGGAUGCAGGAAGAGGCAGCAUUGCGACAGGAACAGAUUCGAAGGAACACAGAAGAACAGAUUCAAGCACAGAGGCGUCAAACAGAAAAGGAGAUGGCUGAAAUUGAGAGGGAAACCAUUCGAGUGAAGGCAAUGGCAGAGGCUGAAGGGCGAGCUCAUGAGGCUAAGAUGGCUGAGGACGUGAACAGAAGACUUCUGGUCGAGCGUGCUAACAUGGAGAAGGACAAGUGGCUAGCUGCUAUUAAUACCACAUUCAGUCAUAUUGGAGGCGGAAUAUACGCAAUACUGACAGAUCAGAACAAGCUUGUCGUUGCCGUUGGAGGAGCAACUGCCUUGGCAGCGGGAGUAUAUACUACCAGGGAGGGGGCCCGUGUAUUGUGGAGCCACAUUGAUCGAAUACUAGGGCAACCGUCUUUGGUUAGAGAAUCAUCACGAGGCAAAUACCCUUGGUCAAAUAUUAUAAAACGUAAAAAUAGUUCUCUUUCAGGAGCCGGUGGCACCCCAGCUGUUGGUGGGGCUGCUGAAAGGACACAGGCUAUGAAGACUGGGCAAGGGUUUGGAGAUGUGGUCCUUCAUCCAUCAUUACAUAGCAGGAUCCGACAGCUAGCUUCAGUAACAGCCAACACUAAACAACAUGCAGCUCCUUACCGCAAUAUGCUUUUCCAUGGGCCUCCAGGAACUGGCAAGACCAUGGCAGCUAAAAUACUUGCUCAAGAAUCGGGCUUGGAUUAUGCAUUGAUGACUGGUGGUGACGUAGCUCCACUGGGUGCUGAUGCUGUUACUAAGAUCCAUGAGCUCUUCAAUUGGGCUGGCCGAAGCAAUAAGGGUCUUCUACUGUUUAUCGAUGAAGCUGAUGCAUUUUUGUGCCAGCGGAACAAGACAAACAUGAGUGAGUCCCAGCGUAGUGCUUUGAACGCAUUGCUCUAUCGCACCGGAGAUCAAUCACGAGAUAUAGUCAUGGUGCUUGCUACUAAUCGACCAAGUGAUCUGGAUUCAGCUGUGCUGGAUCGUGUUGACGAGGCUUUGGAAUUUCCACUUCCUGGUGAAGAAGAGCGCCUCAAACUUCUAAAGUUAUAUCUAGAGAAAUACAUUGCUCAAGCGGGGAAUUUCUCUCGGGGUUGGCGGAGCUGGUUACGAGGCCAACAAGACAAAAUUGAGAUAAAGGGGAUUACAGAAGAGGUCUUGAGGGAGGCUGCUGAAAAGACUGAGGGAUUCUCCGGUCGUGAGAUUGCUAAGUUGAUGGCCAGUGUUCAGGGUGCUGUUUAUGGAAGCCAGAGCAGCGUUCUGGAUGCAGAUACGUUCAGGGAGGUAGUUGACUAUAAGGUUGCUGAGCACAGACAGCGACGUGUGCUGACAGGAAAGGACGAAGAGGGAUUGAAGGGUUUAUUGUAUUAGAAAUGUUCGCAUAUCUGCCACUUUCCAUUACUCGGCUUUUAUACAGAUGAGGUGGUAUGACAUCUCACUGAGAAUCUCUGUGGCAAAAGGCAUCAUGCAUUGGGUAUGGAAAAGAGUUGGGAUUCUAGUCCAAGUGCAAAUUCGUUUUUGCAGAUUUGCAUGCGGGCUUUCUUGCAGAGAGGAAGUAGUUUAUCGCAUUGGUGGGGUAGUCCAGCAAGCCUCCCAGAGGAUGUAGUUUCAGUUUCAAGUAGACACAUUCAUUUGUGAGACUUGACAGGGAAAGCUCAAAGUUUCCAUCAAACUGACCAAAUCCACCUAGUUUCACAUUAUUUAUGCUAGUUUCGAAGUACUUUAGCGUAGAAUUUUUUGCCAUCUGUCAUGAGGCCAACAAGUUAUGUUGAAGAGUCAAUUAUUCCUUCUCGGUAUGUAAUAUGAGGCUACAUGCCAGAUUGAUUGCUGCGGACCAUUUGAUUUAUCAUA